UCGUGGAACGAGGGACGAAAGAGACACCACCCUUGCUUCGCUUCGCUUUGCUUUGCUGUGGGAAAAAGGCGCGCGCGGCCGCCUUGUUCCGCUCCUCCCAUCCGAAUUCUUCCCUCCUCCGAUUUCUCCCCAAUCCUCGGCGGCGGGGAGGCGGCAGGGCAGCGCUCGCUUCACCGGAGCCUCCGCUCGUUAUCCUUCUUCCUCGAAUCAUCCUCAUGCCCCUUCCAAUGAUACUGCACUGCCGUGGAGCGGGAGAUCCAUCCGGACAUGCUUCGUUUCUUAUUUUGUUCUGAAAACAGGUGGAACAAAUCUGAUACAGUUGGCAGGCUUUACUUUCCAUCACAUUUGCGCAUUUCAGGAUGACCUCCAAGAUCAUGAUAACCUACAAGAGGAAGCGUGUUACCUCACAAGACCAUACUGCUGAUGACACAGUUUUUGAUUCAUCUCCUGCUGCUUCCAGUAAUGUAGUUGCCAGUAAUUUACCCCCAAAGUUUGAGGCGCAUGCUGAGAACACCAUUGCAAAUGAAGAUAAUUUUGUUACUCCUGUAAAGCAACAGCGUUUGUCAAUGCAAAAAAGCAUCAAAGAAGAAUGCGAACCAGACAGAGGGCAAAAUGAGUUGCAGGUAUCAUUACCACAGAAAGAGCAACCUGAGAUUUGUUCUGCCAUGAUUCUGACCGCAGUGGCGCAUAGCGAAUUAUUACAAUGCAGCGAGGACACAAAUAAUCAAAUUCCUGUUUCAAGUUCUGUGUGUGAUCUCAUGUAUGCUGAUGGAACGGUUGGUCAGACAAAAGAUCCAAAUACCUCUGCCAUUGUGGAAACAAAUUAUCAUAAGGUGCCAGAAAGUACUAUGGGAUCUCGCCAAUAUAAGAAUAGGUCUAGCCCUCUGCUUACCUUUCGCAGACGAGCUAAAAAGAAAAUUAAUUUGGAUGAACCAACAGAGGAAAUUUGUUCACCAGAAAACGAGAAACAGCAUUCAACACUGACAUGCAGCCAACCAAGCUCGUCAAUUAAUGAUAAACCCUUGCUCAAAUAUACUGCUGGAGACCCUUUGGAUACUGAGGAUAAGGUAGCUUCAGUGAGAAGUACUGGGCUAUCUGCACAAGCUGAACACAUGCCUGAACAAGAAAGUUCUCAAAUCAUAAAAUCCUCAGUUCAGCCUAUGGUUCCACAGAGUGCUGAUGGUGGAAACCGAAACAUGACCCUGGAAGGUGAUGGUGCACCAAUGUCAAAAUUUGGUACACCAAUGUCAAAAUUCACUUGUGUACAAGAGGUCAGAGAGCAAGAUGCAACAGUGGAGGAUUCGAGCAAAACAUUGCCAAUUACUAUUGAAGUACCGAACGUUAUUGAUAUGCAAGGGGAGGGACAUGGUAUUGGGCAAACUACAAUGCAGCAGCUGCCAAGACAAAACUUAAAUGUCAGUUGGUUGAAACCAACCAAUAAAUCUGCCGCAGAAGAUGUUCCAGAGUCGCAAGGUUCAACAAAAAAUGUAGCAAUUAUUGUCUUGGAUGAUGAUAGUGAUGAGAGAGGCAAAGAGAUGGAAAAUUCAGAGGCACUUGAUCAAGGAGGUCUUCAUCAAAAUAAAAGUAUUUCUUUAGGGACGAUUGACCUGAACUGUGCUGACUUACGACAAGAGGAUUCUCUCCAUUUGGGUGAUUCAUCAUUUCAAAAGCUCACAGAUCAGGAUCUAGUUGGUAGUACUCGAAAGCAGAUGUCCCAACCAAUUGAAAGGAUGUUUUUCACAAAGGAGAAAGAUACUAUCCAUGGCAAGCAGCAACAGCAUGAAGAAAGAUCAACCAUGCAUACCUCAUACUCAAAUUUAUUUGGCCUGACUCCACCAUGGAACACUGGGAGUUUGAAGGGACCAAGUAGCUUGCCUUCAGAAUUGAAGUUCAGAAUAAUGGAUAAGGCUCCUGAAUUCAGUUUAGACCUAAGCCUGGAUAGUUUCCAAGAGAAUAGAGUUUCUGCCCUGAGGAGCGACAAGUUGUUUCUUGGAGGCACCUCCAGCAUAUCUCAUAAGCUGACAGAAAGGCUUGGCGCAUACUCCUACAGGAGGCACUCAGCUCCUUGGUCAGAAGAAGAGUUGGAUUUUCUUUGGAUUGGAGUUAGGAGGUAUGGCGUCAAUAAUUGGAAUGCAAUGUUGAGGGAUACACGGCUAUGGUUUUCAAACUCAAGGAUGCCUGAGGAUCUUGCUAAGCAAUGGGGCAAGGAGCAGAAGAAGCUGCUGACAUCUGGUCUGGGUCCUGCACCGCCCCUUCAUAUAGCGGAAGAUUGUCUUAGUAGAGCUUCGUGCUCAGGUUGCUCAAAGUCUCCAUUUCUUGGAGCCCAAACAGACCUUUCAUUGGGCGAUGUCUACCUUCGCAAUGCUCGUGCUUCAGAAAGAGAUCAGCAUCAUUUGUCAAGUUUGGGCAUGGUAAACCUUCAUGGAACUGACAGUGGCCCAAGAAAUCUUUCCCUGGGAGGCUUUCUUGGGGCUUCUUCGUCGCAUGCAAGAAGUGGCAGCCGGCGCAGGAGGGCAUCCAAGCUCCAAAAAUCAUACUACGAUAGCAAGUCACCUUGGUUCCGAGAACCAUCAGAGAGGGCGCCUCAGCUCUUUCCCAUGAACCAACAACGGUUGAUCAAUAGCCUUCCGCAGUGGCUGACCAAGGUUGCGGAAACCGGUACAAAUCGAAUCGACCGGGAGAUGUGGCCGAGCUUGGCACCGGCACCAGGACAUUCUGCUGCAGAGCCACCGAGGGAAAGCCUGGGAGUUAACCUCUUUUCUGACGACCUGAAGCCCCAUGUCCUCCCUGAUGCUUCCCUGAAGCGCGCGAUGCGGAGGAACGCGGAUUGGCGCUCGUUCAGCAAGAGGCUGUUUCAGACCGGCGACGCCUUGGAUCCGAACCGGGGGACGGCAGCUGCAGCCAUCGCAGGAGCCAACGGUGCCACCCCGAGCAACACCGGCGCAUCAUCGGAAGAGACGGUGUCAGACAGUUGAGGGCCCAUGCUUAACAUGGGCCGUUGGUAUACCUAUACGUCAUGUUGCAGUUGAUCUAGUAUUUUGAUGAUGAAGCUGGUGAACAGUGGCAACAAAGUGUUUAAUCUGCAAUGUAAUGCCAGUGAAUAAUCUGAUUGCAUCUUGUAAAGUAGCAGCAGUGUAUAUCUUACUAGGUGUUAGCUCUCUCCAUCCAUAGAGAGGAGAGGUUCUAUUCUAUCCUGUAAUAUCUCGAUUGUGUAAGCAGAAGAGAUAUUGUUACCUUAAAUUAAUCAUAUAUUUCUGGUUGCCGCGA